UGGCUUCGGGGAUUCCAGGGCCUUGGUGUGAAUUGUGGGGCUUUCCUACCCCAGCAGAGGUUCCUGGGCUGCCCUUCUCGAUGCUUCACUGUUACAGAAUUCACCCAUAAGGGCUUUCUCAGGUCCUCAGCAGCCCACACCUUUUCCUUAUUUCCAUGGAAACGGAUGCAGGUUCUUCUGGCUUUCCCCACUCUCCGGCGCUCAAAUCCUAGGUGUGGGGGCCGCAGAAAUGUCACCCCAAGUCUCCAGAAGGCACACGUGUUCAGCUGUCAGUGAGUCAGGGCAGACCCCCUGGUCAAGCCCGCCCUCUACUGAAAAAUCAAGUCCUCCCACCGGCAGAGCACAGUGUGGAUGGACUUUCUGAGAGCUGUGCAAUAGCUCCUGAGGUGCCCCGGAAGUCUGGGCCACUAUUUCUACCUGGAGGAAAAGUGGGAUGGGGCCCAAACGCAUUGAAAUUCAGAACUCUUGGCAUUAGGAUAGUCUGAAUCAGAUCUAAGCCCACCCCUAGGCAGGAGGAAGCCUCGUUGGGAAACACACUGAGCCUGGGCCUGGUGCACCUGAGGCAGAUCUUUCUUUGGCCUGCUUGCCGGAUACCCUCCCUUGGCCCUGGCUGCUUGUUAUGGGAGCCCUUUCUCCAUACUCCCCUCCUUAGAAUACCCGAAGGGAUUGUACAUUACUGACGUGAAUAAUUUCAACAUCUUUCUACUGAACAGCACUGCUGGGCCAGGCUAGGCGGCCGGGGAGGGAGUCACCCUAACUUCCUCCUUGCCCUGGGCAGAGAGAGGAGUAGGCCUGUCUGGUCUCCCAGCUCCAUCACCCCUGGCGCAGCUGCGGGCCUGACCGUAUCGGGGGCUGGUUGUCAGGGAAGCUUGCCUUCCCUUCUGGGUCACCAGAGCUUUCCUCUGUCCACUUCACAUAGCCAGAAUGGUAGCUCUUGGUGGCUAUCACCAGUCAUUCUAGGACCACGGCCUCUCGUCUGAGGAUGCAGGUGGGAGCUACAAAUACAAAUGUGGGGAUGGGUGAGGCCAUCCCCAAAGCUGUGAACAAGACCAAAUGUACAGUGACCGUCAGCAGGGGACUGGGGAAUGGGCUACGGGGUGAGGGAUUGAGAAUUUGGUCUUGGGGACCCAAAUGUGAAUUUUUCCAUGUAGCUUUCCCCCAGUUCACAGUGAGUCAGAUUUCCGAGUUGUCUGUUCUGGCCACUUUCAUUUCCCCUGGGGCUGGGUGGAGGCUGGUGUAGAAAGGGGAACUGAACCCUCAAUCUUUUAAGGCCUGGGGGCAGGGCUGGGGGCUCUCCUAAACUCCCUGUCCUAGCCCAGAGCUGGGCACUGCCCUGAGGAGAGGCCCGCAGAUGGAGACUUCUUAGCAGCGUGGAGGUGGCACUUAGCAACCACAGCCAAAAAGAUCCCUUUGCCAUGAACCAGCCGGCCCCCAGGCCCCCCCCUCCACCCCGCCGUGUGCGACUCAAGCCCUGGCUGGUGGCCCAGGUGAACAGCUGCCAGUACCCAGGGCUUCAGUGGGUCAAUGGGGAGAGGAAAUUCUUCUACAUCCCCUGGCGCCAUGCCACACGGCACGGCCCCAGCCAGGACGGAGAUAAUACCAUCUUCAAGGCCUGGGCCAAGGAGACAGGAAAGUACACCGAAGGGGUGGACGAGGCAGACCCGGCCAAGUGGAAGGCCAACCUGCGCUGUGCCCUUAACAAGAGCCGUGACUUCCGCCUCAUCUAUGAUGGACCCCGGGACAUGCCACCUCAGCCCUACAAGAUCUACGAGGUCUGCUCUAAUGGCCAUGCUCCUGCAGAGUCACAGCCCAGUGAGGAUUACGCUUUUGGUGCAGGAGAGGAGGAGGAGGAGGAAGAGGAAGAGCUCCAGAGGAUGUUACCAAGCCUGAGCCUCACAGAAGCAGUGCAACCUGGCCCCCCCAUGGCACCCUAUUCCUUACCCAAAGAGGAUGUCAAGUGGCCACCCACUCUCCAGCCACCUGUGGUGCUGGGCCCUCCUGCACCAGACCCCAGCCUCCUGGGCCCCACCCCUGGCAACCCUGCUGGCUUUGGGGAGCUUCUCCCUGCGGUCCUGCCGAGCCUGCAGCCUGGGUCCCUGGCUGCCAGCCUGCCCCCCACAGGCGAACAACUCCUGCCCAACCUGCUGAUCAGCCCCCACAUGCUGCCUUUGACUGACUUGGAGAUCAAGUUCCAGUACCGGGGGCGGCCACCCCAUGCCCUCACCAUCAGCAACCCACAGGGCUGCCGGCUCUUCUACAGCCAGCUGGAGGCCACCCAAGAGCAGGUAGAGCUCUUUGGCCCCGUGAGCCUGGAGCAAGUGCGCUUCCCCAGCCCUGAGGACAUCCCCAGCGACAAGCAACGCUUCUACACAAACCAGUUGCUGGAUGUCCUGGACCGCGGGCUUAUACUCCAGCUGCAAGGCCAAGAUCUGUAUGCCAUCCGCCUGUGCCAGUGCAAGGUGUUCUGGAGCGGGCCCUGCGCCUCAGCCCACGGCUCACAGCCCAACCCCAUCCAGCGGGAGGUCAAAACCAAGCUCUUCAGCCUGGAGCAUUUUCUCAAUGAGCUCAUCCUGUUCCAGAAGGGCCAGACCAACACCCCACCACCAUUUGAGAUCUUCUUCUGCUUUGGGGAGGAGUGGCCUGACCUCAAACCCCGAGAGAAGAAGCUCAUCACUGUACAGGUGGUGCCUGUAGCAGCUCGGCUGUUGCUGGAGAUGUUCUCAGGGGAGCUUUCUUGGUCAGCUGAUAGUAUCCGGCUACAGAUCUCAAACCCAGACCUCAAAGACCACAUGGUGGAACAGUUCAAGGAGCUCCAUCACAUCUGGCAGUCCCAGCAGCAGUUGCAGCCUGUGGCCCAGGCCCCUCCUGUGGCAGGUCUUGGUGCUGGCCAGGAGGCCUGGCCGAUGCACCCAGUCGGCAUGCAACAAUGAGACUGCGGAUAGUGACUGGCACGGGCUUCCCAGGUGUCUGUGUGGAUUCAUGUGGAGGUGCAAUGGCCCCAGUUGGCACCUGAUUGGCUCGCAGGUCCUCUCUCUGGGUCUUCUGGAAGUGGAUUUGUGCUAAGGAGAGGGAAGAGAGCUCUGUGUUCCAGGCUCUCCUCGCAGCAUCUGAGGGAAGCUAGAAGCCACUUUUGCUUUCAGGGCUCAGUCUUCCUGGAUGUGCCUCGCCUCUGCUCACUCUGGAGGAACUCAGCCAUCAGCCCCAGUGAGCAGAGAACUCCCCCAACCCUAGGGGCCUAGCUGAGAGGGAUCUGUCCCAGAGUGGCCCACCCUUGUGGUUGCCCCCCAAUUCCUCAGGCAAAAACAGUCAAGUGCUGUGGGCCAUGCUCUCUCAACAGGGCAUGGGCCUGAUCUGAUUUGGGGGUUCCCUAGUUUGAGCCUCACACCCUCAUAUCUGAGACAGAUAUGCACAUAGGUAUUAUACCAGAUGCUUAAGGCUGGCAGCUACCUCCUUGAAAGAACAUGGAAUAGAAGUGGAAUUUUAUGUAUUUUUCAAUUAAUAAAUAUUGAAAAGAUCCA